UCAGUAAUAAGGUCGUGAGCACCCCGCCCUCCACUGCACUGGGAGCGAGCGCACUGUCCAAGCGUUGCCAUGGCGCCGGCAACCCGAUCACACAGCGAGGCGAAACAGAGAGAGGAGAGGAGAAGCAAGAGAGAGAGAGAGAGACCCGCUCCGGAGACUGCAAUAUCCCACACCUGGAAAAGAGCAAUCCUGCAGGACACAGAGCCGUUCAGAGGAGGGAGACUCUACAGGGAGACGGUCGAUACACAGACUGAGCCAGCUUGUCACAGAAGAGAGGCCAUGAUGGGAGCGGAGUAAAAGUCCGGACUGCACCCCCACUCCUGCCCCUCCAUGGCAGCAGCUCCACGGCUGGAGCACAGAGGCAGAUCCGGAGCGAUGGCUAGCAGCUCCUGGGAGCUCCUGGGACUUCAGGGCAGGAUGGGGAGCUCCUACCCCUGGCUGUGUGAUCCGCGGGGCUGCCCGCAGUGCCCCUAUCACAUUCGCACAGGCGAGGAGGCGCGGAUUCCUUACGCCGAGUUCAGCGAGACCUUCGGCUUCCCCUACGGCCCCACCCUCGUGGGGAGCCGGCUCCUGCUGCUCUACGAGCUGCGGACCCCCUCGGGGAGCCUGGUGCAGAGGGGCAGGGCCUCCGACUGCCCCCUGUACGGCCUGCACCCCGAGGGGCUGCUGUUCGGCUCGGACGGGUACCUGCGCUCGGUGCUGCACACCUACGAGAACGUGGGCUCAGUGACCCUCUACUGCAGCCACACGCCCUGCAAUGAGCCGGGCAGUGCCUGCCUCAGCGACACCGCGGGGUUCCUGGAGGACUUCCCCGGCACGCGCCUCGACCUCUACUUCUCACAGCUCUACCACACCGACGAGCGCCACCCCGCCUCGGGCUGGAACUGCGAGGGGCUGCGCGCCCUGGCUGGCCUCUGGCCCCGCGUCACCCUCAGCCCGCUGUCCGGAGGGGGCUGGCUCUCCCUGCUGCGCAAGUUCGUCACGGGGGUCCCGUCGGCCACCUUCUACAGCCCCCUGCUGCCGGGCCGAGCCGCGGCCGACCGACACAACGCCUUCCAGAUUGCUGUCAUCACCGGGGUGCAGCCAGCCUUCGUAGACGUGGAGCCUGAGACUCUCCCCAGGCAGCGUCCCCCGAGGGACAGGCUCAUGCCCCUGCCCUCCCUGAGGCAGUCUUCCCUUGUGAGGAGCCUCAACGAACCCCCUGCCUGGGGCUCCCCGGGACUGUACCAGUCUCCCUGGGGCUGGCAGCACUAUCACCCCUCUCUUCUCUCCCACUCCCUCCUCUCCCAGUCCCUCCAGCAGCCCAGGAAUGUGGUGCGUCACCUGCGGAUGCCCAGCGGGGCGCCCUCCCCGAGCCGUCGGAGCCUCCUGCCUCUGCUGCCCCCGAACGGGCGCGCUGUGGAGAUAGUGGAGAUGGUAGAGAGGGAGGCGGAGCCAGAGGAGGAGGGAGGAGGGGCCAGAGAGAGGCAUGGGAGGAGCAAGUCCAGGAGGAAGGGGAGGAGGAACUAGAACACUCAGCCACAGUCUUUAAAGUGUGUUACUGUGCUUGUCAAACGGGCACAAAAAAAUCAAACAUAAUAAAUGAGUCUCAGCAGGUCAGGAGCCAGGCUGCUGGUCAGAGACAUGCGCCCCGUGUCGAUGGUUAUUUUCUAUCUUCAAAGGUAAAAACAUUUUAAAAAAAUUAAAAUCCUGAUUGUCUUAAUUAAUAAAUUUCCA